AGCAAAAGCACCGCUGCCAAGAAAAAGAUUUAUCCAACAAAAUGAAGAUUGUGAUUGUUCUUGCCUGUCUUUUCGCCCUCGUUGUUCCUUUAGAGGCCAGCAGUGAAAGUGGAAGCCAUGAACGACGGAGAUACCGAUAUCCAUCUUAUCCAGCUCCAAAUUAUGGCCCUUAUCGCUAUCCUCUUGGACCAGCCAGUAGAGGUCUCCCAGGGCUACCAGGAGCUCCAGGGGCCAGAGGCCCAGCGGGGCCUGCAGGGCCUGCAGGUGCCCGAGGUCCUGCAGGUGCCCCAGGUGCCCCAGGUCCUCCAGGAGGCCCAGGACCUGAAGGUCCCCCAGGACCAGCAGGUCCUCCAGGUCCUCCAGGAGGCCCAGGACCUGCAGGUCCCCCAGGUCCCCCAGGUCCCCCUGGUCCCCCAGGUCCCCCAGGUCCCCCAGGACCUCCAGGGCCUCCCGGGCCUCCCGGAGGCUAAACCUGUUUUGU